AUGGAGAUAGAGAAAUUAAAAUUGCAUGAGCAAAUUGAUUAUCUGUAAGAACACAUAUAGCAAUUGACCAAUGAAUAUAGUGAUAAGAUUCUGGAAAAGGAUGAAGAAUUAGUUACAGCCUUUAUUAAAAUGUAAUAAGCAGAAAGACUUAAUAAUGAAUUGAUCUAAAAAUUAUAAUCAACAAAAAAAAAUGAAGAAUAGCUUAAUAAUGCAAAUUAUAAUUUUAUCACACUACAAAAAAAAUUGGAUCACCAAAUUUAAGAAAAUUAAAAACUUGAACAGAAGGUCAAAUUAUUAACGGAAUAGAGUAUGCAAUUCCAGUAAAAAUGGUAGAGAGUGUCAAUGUAAUUAAAAUAAUUCACCACUCAAAAGGUAAGUGCCAGAACAACAGAAUAAUAAUUAAGUCUCAAAUAAGAAGAGUGCUAGUCACUUAAGGAGAAACUAGUUCAAUAUUAAUUAGAAUUAACCAUUAUCAAAUAAAGUGAUUAAGAGUAUAAGCAAUCAAUUCAUUAAAAAAUGCAAGCACUCUAUCAGGAAUUAAGAGAUGCUUAAUCAAAAUUACAACAAUUUUAAUAUAUUUCUUAGUAACACAAACACGAAUGCUAAUAAUGUGAGUACUUGAGAAAUGAAAAUGAACAAUUGAAGUCAAUGAUUAAUCAAGAUCAGAUCUCAUAAGAGUAAAAUAGAAUCAAUAGUCAGAUUAAUACAUAAUAGUAGUAGUAAAUGAAAGAGUUCCAAACUAGGCUUAUGGAGUUGGAGUACGAAAAUUAAAACUUAAAGCAAUAGAUUUAAUUGCCUGAAUCUAUAAGCAAUCUAAAAAGCAAUGAUUGUCUCAAUAUUAAAUCUAUACUGAAUCAUCCUUUAUACAUCAAGAUGUCUAAAUUGAUUGACCAAUUGAGCAAUUAGACUUAGUAAGAGUUAUUUAGAAAAUCAUUAAAUGAGUUAGGAUCAGAAAUUGAACAACGAGAAAACAAAGAAUAAUAACUUUAGGAAUGCAGAACUAUGUAUGAUAGAUUAUUGAUUAAAUACUAUGCCUUACAAAAGAGUAUCAAUAAAAUUGAAGAGAAUAGUAAUGCAAGUUACUAUGCUACUUAGUAAAUUACGUCAUCAAAAUAAUAAACUCUUCAAAAGAAAACAAAUUAGUUGGAUUCCUUUUUAUAAGAAUAGGAGACAACUAAGUAAAUGAAAUAAUCAAUAUUUUCUAACACACCAAAAUAGAGAGUCAAUAACAAACUAAACUUAAGUUUAGAUAGUUGUUAAUUUAAAAAAUGA